AUGCCCUGCAUCAGCUGCGCGGACACUUGGUGGCCAGCCGUGGGGCGUUGCUUCAAAAGGGGUUGUCCCAAACUCCACGAGUUCCUCCACAGUCCACAGAAUCAAUUCGCCUGCCUUAAGCGACUGCUCGGCUUUCCAUUCGGACUAGCUCUUGGCGUCGCUCUCUACUGGGGCGUCAUCGACGGAAUGUUGCUACCGAGGUUCAUCCGACUGUCGCUAGGGGGUGUGAUCUGUAUCUCCCUUGCUACUGGUUACUCCUUGUCCACCCAGGUUCGCUGUAUCUCGCUGCUGGUGCUUCCUACGUUUUGCGGCAAGACCGGCAGGGCUUAUAUUCAGACGUUUGCGAUCGCACUCGUUUUGUCAGGUCCCAUCGCGAACAUUGUGUACCAUGCUGGAGAGGUCCCAAGAUCGAUUGGUUGUUCCACAGAGUUGUCAACUAACCAUAGCGCUACGAGGCUUGAGCUAAAACUCCGGCCAAUCCAAGAAAUCAUGAUGGAUCUGAGGGGCCAGACAGAAGUUGUUCAUAACACAAGUCUGCAGGUCAAGAAGGAGUUUUCGCCGAUAGAAAAUGAAGUGGAAAACAAAGAAGAGGUCAAGUUCUUGAAGGGGCGAACUGGGGAGGUAGAUGGCGGCGCUGCCGGCUCGGAUUUUAGCCGCUCCUCGGGAAUUGAGAAAAAGUAUAAACAAUUCGCAAGUGCAGACGUCGCCACGAAAAAUGAGAAAAACUAUGAGAAGAAAUUAGACUACAGAUGCGAGGACGUCUAUAAUGUUGGAGUAUUAAAAUGCAGACAGUUCUUCAAAAACGCCGAACAAGGCUGCAAGAUGACGUUUACUCUUUUCGCCUUUAUUAUUUGUUUGCCAAUGAAGAUGACGGCAAUUUGCGAAAUCACAAGACUAUUACCGUCGAUUACGGGUGUCAACUGCAACUCGAUGGAGGCCGUAAACCCAGGCUUCGGAGAGGGCUACAAGGCGGCUGACGAUGCCGCCAAAGGCUUCGAUAAGAACUUUGACGUCAAAAUGCAAUACAAGGUUGAAACGCCAGAAGAGCCUAUAGACGUCACUACUUCACAGGAUGUCUCUAAAGCGAUUACGCACGAGUUUGAGGCACGAAGUGAAUGGUUUUAUUUCGUGGUGUUCUUGGCCAAGCAGUUCAUGUCCUUUUUGUUUAUUCGCGUAUUUAUGUCAUCGUUCAAGUAUCACAAGAACUACAUCAGCCUCAUACAAUUCGACAACAAAUACAUGACGUCAUACUUCCGCCAUAUUGAAAAGCGCCGGAUAUUGCAAAAGAAACGCGGUUUACUUCCGCUCAAGCAGAUCGAGGCGAAGGAUGUCAUUGCGUCGACACGAUGCAGCCUAACAAGUGACGAAAAGUCCAAAUUUAUGACUGGAUCUUCUGCCCUCUUUCUCCGCCUGAUCAUGAUUCUUGUGAUCUUCUUCGUGGAUCAUCUCAUCUGGGAGAUCAUGAAUAUAAUCUACUCUAACAGCAGAGUGGAUUAUAAACAAACAGGCGUUCACCAUAUUAAACUUACCAUUUACGGCAACGGAUUUAUCGGCAACCUGGUCCGUACGCUGUUCCGCGGCUUCAACAAGAAACACGCCAUCAACAGUAUAACGUCCAAUUUCAAAUGUCUUCCCCGUCCCCACAAACUGCCGACGGAAUACCUCAUCAAAGUCCUCGCAAUCUACGGGGGGAUCUGGCUCCUCAUGCUUGUGCAGGCCUUUGGACUCAGACUUCGGAGAGUGGUCGCUGGAUUCUUUUACCCAAAGCGGGAGAAGAAACGUGUCUUAUUCCUUUACAACGAAAUGUUGAAGAAACGCCGAGGGUAUGUGCACCACAUGCGAAGCAUGGUCAAGUCGCUGGCGAAAGAAAAUAAGCUCUCGAUGCAGACGGGUCUUUUGAUGUCAUGGCGCCACACUUUCCCCCGGCUCUGCGGCUGCCUGCGAGUCCUCGGCCUCGGAAAGAAACAGUGCCUCAUCUGCAAGGAGCCGGAGAACAAGGACUUUUACUUCUGCGAGACGAAGGGAUGUAACUUCGUUUACUGCAAGGAAUGUUGGGAAGAUCUAAAGGUAGGUUGGUUCCUGGCCGAAGCAAGGCACGAGCAAUCAUGCAUAUAUUAUAUCAAUACCAGAUUGCCCCUUGCUUGCCCCUGGUUUACUGUGGUCAAAAUGGAUGCAAUACAGAGUAUCGGAUGUACUGAUGCAGCUGGGUACAUACAUGUACCACGCCGCAAGUUACGUGUCAGUCAACAAAUAGAACAAAUCUGA